UGCUCGCGCCGCAUCACGUGCGCCGGGACUCGCCGGGACACAACCCGCGCCGCGCAGCCCGGCACCCGCUUCUCCGGCUCGAGCCGGCUGGAGCCAGUGCUGGCUGGCUGCAUUCUGGCCAGUCACGCGGACGAUCCCGUGAUCGCUCCCAAAACCGGCCCCGUGGCACCCACGGCGGAGAUUGGCGGCCUUGUUGUGUCGCUAUCUCUCUGGCGAGAUAUGAUGAACCGCUUUCGGUCUCGCCCAUCUUUGCCCAUCUUUGCCCAUCUUCGCCCAUAUAUACCGAUCUUUGCCGAUCUUCGCCAGUAGCUACCGCCGCCUCCUGCACUCUGCCCAUCAACCACCAGACACCAUGUCCCAGACCAUCAUCGACCUGAACCAGAAGUUGCUCGACAGCAUCGCCGGCAACGACUACGAGCUCUACACUACCCUGGUCGAUUCCUCGAUCACCUGCUUCGAGCCCGAGGCUGGAGAGCACCUGGUCGCCGGCAAGGACUUCCACAAGUUCUUCUUCGAUAUCACUGCCCAGCCGCCCGCCUUCCACCGCACCACCAUGGUCAACCCCGUCGUCACCUUCCUCGGCCCCGAUGCUGCCAUGAUCACCUAUGUUCGCAUCGUCCAGAAGGUCGCCACUCCCGGCGGCGCUUUGACCAUCUCGCGAUCCAGCGAGACCCGUAUCUGGAAGCGCGAUGCCGAGAAGAGCUGGAAGCACAUCCACUUCCACCGAUCCCUUGUCAACUGAGCGCUGCAGAUAAUUACGGCCUCGUCAAACACCAACCCUUCUGCUGAGUCGAUAUGGGGCAUUUGACUGCCCAUCCCAGUUCCCCUGACAGCCAUCAUUGUGCCAAUAAAAUUUGAAUCGCUACUCUGC